CAUAAGGGCUCAAACGCAGUCCAGUUGGAGGCCAGAACGGAUCGCCGCCGGUUCCCAGACGAAACUAAUCUCCGCAAGACCUAAAAAAAAAGAUAUAAAUAUACAUAGGAGCACCCAAACCAGAUAGGAAAAAAGUGAAAAUGUCGCUGAUACCGUUCAUACUAGAUUUGGCCGAGGAGCUGCACGAUUUCAAUCGCAGCCUGGCAAUGGAUAUAGAUGAUUCGACCGGAUUCGGGUUGUAUCCGCUGGAGGCCACCUCACAGUUGCCACAGCUGAGUCGGGGGUUGGGGCGUGGGAAUGCGAUGAUGUGGGUGCCCAUCAAGGGUCAGCCGGCGGCGCAGCAUCGCCAUCAUCCGUACAAUCGUGUGGCCGGAGCCAAGACUGUUUGCUGCAAUAAGUCGCUGGUGGAGCUGGAAAAGGAACUGGGCGAUAAGGGCACUUCCGGUGCAAGUGGCAGCGCCAGUGGCCAACCGGCGGUCAGCAAAUCCGCCUACUCUGUGGUGAAUAGGAACGGCUUCCAGGUGAGCAUGAAUGUGAAGCAAUUCGCCGCCAACGAACUGACUGUGAAGACCAUCGAUAACUGCAUCGUGGUCGAGGGCCAGCACGACGAGAAGGAGGAUGGCCACGGGGUGAUCUCGCGCCACUUCAUCCGCAAGUACAUCCUGCCCAAGGGCUAUGAUCCCAACGAGGUGCACUCGACCCUCUCGUCGGACGGGAUACUGACGGUCAAGGCGCCGCCGCCACUUCCAGUCGUCAAAGGUAGCGUGGAACGACAGGAGCGCAUCGUGGACAUCCAGCAGAUAUCGCAGCAGCAGAAGGAUAAGGAUGCGCAGCCGCCAAAGCUGGCAGAGGUAGAACAGCAGGCGGCAGCUAGUGCCACCACUUCCACUUCAAAUCCGACUGCACCCACACCCACUUCCACUCCCACUACUUCGCUCACUCUCGCCGAGAGCAACGGCAAUGGUCAGGAAGAGACAGAGAUGGAAGUGCCGGCUCUUUCGCCCUCCCUUUCCAAUGAGGCUGCUGCUGCCGCUGCUGUUGUUGCAGUGGAAACCCCUUCCACUGCAGGAACCACUUCCAGUGCCAACAAUGGCGUUGCAGAACCAGAGUCAAUGGAAGUGGCGGUUGCCAAAAACGAAGAGACUGCCAAAGUGGAUGAACCCACACCCAAUCCCGUUAUAAGCAGCGAAGAGGAGCAAAAGGCAGAGGAUGCAAAUGCCAACGAAGUGCCCGUUGCCUCGAAUAACGGGAAUGGAGCAGUCGCAGCACCCGAGGACGUGGAAAUGCCGCUGGCCAAGAAACCGGAAACAUCCACGGAAGACAGCAAAGGGGAGCAGGCGGAGAAGGUGGAUAAAUUAGAGAAAGUGGAGGAGAAGGGCGGCGAGGAACUGGCCGCCGUGGAUGCGGCCAUACUUCUGGCCAAAAACCAGGGCGAAAACGGAGCCACUGCAGCCAAAACCGAGGAACUGGCCAAGUGAAGACUGAACUAAAAAAAAAACAUAAAUGAUAAUUAAGAAGAAAUAAUAAUCUGCACGGUUAGGCGUGCGUUUUAUUCCAUACAUGUUUCUUGUGUUUUCUUUUGCAUUUCACACAAAUAAAAAGAACCGAGAAAGCUGACGGGAAAAGCACUCAAUUACUAAGCGUGGGAGAUAGCGGGCGAUAUAUGGAUGUAUGUAUGAUUUCCUAAAAACAUAUGUGACAACAACUACAAGUAUUCCAGUAAAACUUAAAGACAGAAACACGAAAUAAUGUACUUAACAAUAAAGAGGAAAACCAGAAUAAAGAAA